AUGGAUCCCGACUGUUUUGCCAUGUCCUCGUACCAGUUUGUCAACUCGCUGGCCUCGUGCUAUCCACAGCAGAUGAAUCCGCAGCAGAGUCAUCCGGGAGCCAAUGCCAGCACUGGCAACAGCAAUGGUGGUGCGGGCGGUGCAAAUGGGGGACAGGGCAACUCUGGAGCGGCGACGCCGGGCAGCAAUGAUUACUUUCCAGCAGCGGCCGCUUACACGCCCAAUUUAUAUCCGAACACACCGCAGGCGCACUAUGCCAACCAGGCGGCCUAUGGCCUGGGCGGCGGCGGUGGUGGUGGUGCGCCUGGUGGUGGUCAGGUGGCCAAUCCCGAUAUGGUGGACUACACACAGCUUCAGCCGCAGCGGUUACUGCUGCAGCAGCAGCAACAACAACAACAGCAGCACGCACAUGCGACGGCUGCCGUUGUGGCACAGCAGCAACAGCAACAACAGCAGCAGCAGCAACAACAGUUGCCCCAACAGCAGCAACAACACCCGCAGCAACAGCAACAGCAACAACAGUCCAGCAUCAGCUGUAAAUAUGCCAACGAUCCGGUAACGCCCGGUGGCAACAACAACAACAACAACAACAGCAGCUCCAAUAGCAACAACAACAACAACAACCAGUCGCUCGCCAGUCCACAGGAUCUCUCCACCCGCGACAUCUCCCCGAAGCUAUCGCCCAGCUCCGUCGUGGAGAGCGUGGCACGUUCCCUCAACAAAGGCGUUCUCGGUGGCAGCCUCGCCGCCGCCGCCGCUGCCGUCAGCCUGAACAACAACCACAGCGGUGCCGGUGGAGGCGGCAGCGGUGGCGGUGGUCCAGGUCCCGUCAACGUCAAUGUCAAUGUGCCAAUGCACAGUCCGGGCGGCGGCGACUCCGACUCUGAGAGCGACAGCGGCAACGAGGCGGGCAGCAGUCAGAACAGCGGCAAUGGCAAAAAGAAUCCGCCUCAGAUUUAUCCAUGGAUGAAGCGAGUACAUCUCGGACAGAGUACUGUGAAUGCCAAUGGCGAGACGAAACGACAACGGACCUCAUACACCCGCUAUCAGACACUGGAGCUGGAGAAGGAAUUCCACUUCAAUCGCUACCUGACGCGACGACGACGCAUUGAGAUCGCGCACGCGCUUUGUUUGACGGAGCGACAGAUCAAGAUCUGGUUCCAGAAUCGACGCAUGAAGUGGAAGAAGGAGCACAAGAUGGCGUCGAUGAACAUUGUGCCCUAUCAUAUGGGGCCGUAUGGUCACCCUUAUCACCAGUUCGAUAUCCAUCCGUCACAGUUCGCGCAUCUGAGCGCAUAGGACGCGUGGCACUUUUCGGGUACUGGUUAGAGACUCAAUCAGUUGUAUCAGGAACCAUAUC